AUGUCACAGCCCCGGCACCGCUCGAUGGCUCACCUGGCACGCCUCGGACGUGUCACCGUCCCUGAGGCGCCGCACACGCGCGCCGAGGAGCCCUCGCGGGGAGCUCCCCGCACGCCGCGCGGUUUGGCACGCGAGGGUGCCCGCCCCGGCGGGGGGAGCGGGGCUCUCGGGGCCCCGGCAGCGGGCCGGGCCCGCGGCGCCCUCGCAAGCCCCGAGGCGGGGCCGGGACCACCCUCCCGGCAGCGGCGGCGGCGGGAUGCGGCUGCCGGAGCUGUGCCUGGCUCUCUGCGCCGCCGUCCCCGGGACCGACUCCACGGGGGCGGGCCGGGAGCAGCCACCGGGCGCGGCAGCAGCUGCGGGGAGGGCGGCGUAGGCGGGACGCGGGGGGCCGGGGGCGGCCGCUCCCCGGGCCGGCGGCGUGGACCCCCGGCAGGCGUGGAUGCUGCUGGCCGGGAGCCCCGGCCAGGCGAGCAGCAGCCGGGCCCGGGGCAGGACGGGCACAGCAUGGUGAAGGAGCAAGUGAAAACACGCAGGAAGGCCUGGGAAGGACGUGAGGAAGAGGAGGAAAGUGAAGGCAACCCACAGGCAGGGUCCCAUCGUCGUGUGGAAGCAGCCUUCCGCUGCCAGACGUGUGAAAACAUCUCCAUCGAGCAGAGAGCUCGGCUGGAGCUGCAGCUCUACUACAUUCCGGAGAAGGAGGGGAUGUUCCACUGUGGCCCAGGGCUGAACCUGACCAGCGGGCGGUAUACAGUCCCCAUCACGGGCUACUACACCUUCACCGCCACACUGCACAUAGGGAGCAGUGAGGAAGAGGCAGUCGUCCAGGGGAACCGUCUGCGGGUGCUGAUCUGCGUGCAGUCCUGCUGCCAGCACAACAGCAAUCUGGAGACCGUGUCCGGUCCGGGCGAGAGUGGUAGUGACCAUUUCACCAUCUCUGUCACUGGAGUCCUUUACCUACAGGAAGCGCAGCUGGACAGUACACCUGUUUUUGUGGACAACACUGCAGGCUCUCCCCUCACCAUUCAAAGUGGCUCCGAUUUCAGCGCCAUUCUGCUGGGGGUGUGAAAAGGUGCUGGGCACCACGCAGGGAGCUGAACCCGUGCCAGGAGUGGCCAGACCUUUCCCUCUGCCAGCCACCAUCGCACCUGCUCUGCUCAGCACUGAGCCCAGGGAAGACUUCACACUGCUGCAGAAGCUGCAGAACCACCUGCAGCC